AUGACGUUGAAGAAAGACAACUCCCUGCAGCACCAACACAAGCGCAACAAUCAUGCCAAGUUCACCGUUUCAACGAAAAACAAUCGGGCCGUUCGCUUCUCGAUCAAGCCAUCACCUGAGCUUGUUGGAGACAGCUUCUUGCAGUCCACGGACAAGCGUCGGCGAUACAUGCGUCGAGGAUCCCGGUCUCCGAACAUGUUGGCCAUCCAUGCCGUCCGCUCAUCUCGAGAGGUUGCAAAUCUAGAAGCCCACGAUCGGCAACAGGAAAAGCUCGAACAGAAACAACGACAGCAGCAACAGCAGCCCUCACUGCACCACGUAAUUCGUCGUUCCUUCUCGUUACCGAUGAGCGGCUCUCCUGCCACGACUCCCACGCAGCCAUGUUUGCUUGCAUAUGGCGUCAAGACUCAACCAGAGACGGUAGACCAUGAACUGGCUCAGUCGCUCCGCCAAAAGACCAGCCUUACAAAUGCUCAAAAGCGUCGCCUCUCGUUGGAGAUUUUAUCUCGUGUCCAACUGGAGGCUGUCGAAUUGGCCAGUCAUUAA